CCCAAAUCAGUCUUUUUUUUUUUUUUCCUCAUCACCAAUUGAGUCCCAAUGCACGGUCGGAGCCGCGUCAAGUCCGCUGCCGAGGUUGAGGAAGCCAAGCAGAAGGAGCGCAGCAAGAAGCUCGCCUUGUUCCAGCAGCUCAACGCGCGCGUCUUUGCCAAGUACCAAGCCAAGGAGUACGAUGACGAGGCGUUUGCAUUGACGAGAGAGCUCCUGUCGCGCAGUCCCGAGAUUUACACGCUCUGGAAUUACCGUCGAUGCAUUAUGCUCAAAAGGUUUUUGCAGACGGAUUGCAAUGUGCAAGACGAAUGCAAGGCAGAGCUCACCUUCCUCGAAGGCUGCAUUGCAACAAACCCAAAGUGCUAUUGGCUGUGGAAUCAUCGACGAUGGCUGUUGGAACAAGCGCCAAAGCCCGAUUGGAAGAACGAGCUGGAUCUGACGAGUCAAUUUCUCAAUCGCGACUCGCGAAACUUUCAUUGCUGGGACUAUCGUCGCCACGUCGCACGCUGUGCCUCGGUUUCGUUGAAAUCCGAGUUUGAGUUUACCACCGCAAAGAUUGAGCAAAACUUUUCCAACUACAGCGCCUGGCACUACCGCAGCAAGCUGCUCCCCAUGAUUUUUGCAGAUCAAGCGGACUCUUCGACGAUUCUGGAGAGCCAACUUCACAAAGAGUUUGAUAUGGUACAAUCCGCGUGCUUUACAGAGCCAGAAGAUCAGAGCGCUUGGUUUUACUACCGGUGGUUGCUUGGCAAAGGCAAGAACGUCGCACUCGCCGACACUACAUCCUCAAAGACCACCCACCAACUCUCGCCAGGCACGCGUGAAGUUCUCGAGUCCGAGUUGGGCGCAUUCCGCGAGUUAUUGGAGCUCGAGCCCGACAGCAAAUGGGCCAUUCUGACAUCGUUGUUGUUGAUGCACGCCAUCGACAUGCGCGCCCACCGCGAGGAAAUUCUAACCAGCCUGGACCGUCUUCGCGCUGUUGAUCCGUGCCGUCGCCGAUACUAUAACGAUUUGCGAACGCGGCUUUUGGCCGAGUUGGACGCUGCUGCCCAAUAACAGACAACCAGCAGCGUGUAUGCUCGUCGAGUAUUGCUGCUGAUGUCUGGGUGUCAAGGAGGCGUUUUUUGACCUGCAAAGGAGCUAUGUUUGAGUGUUUCAUUGUAAAAGUACAAUCCAUCUGUGUUUUCAUUCAA